AUGUUCAUUGCCCGCAGGGCUCUUUCUUUUACUUUUAGAACAUCUCCACUCAAAAAUACUCACAUUUUCUCUGCAGCCAUGGCUACAGCAACAACAGCCGAGGCAGUGAUGCCCCAGGUCCCUUAUAUCCCCCAGGAUGUCCAGAAGGUCUCCAGCAUGGUUCGCGCCCUGGAUGACGCAACAAAGAAGCGCGGAAAGGAGAAGGGUGUCACCAGCUUCUCUUGCAAGAAGACUCCCUUUAAGGUCAAGAACUCCCAGGAUAAGAUCAAGGUGGAUUCCUGGAAGAUGCAGGAGUGGGAUUACAAGAAGCGCGACCUGCCUACAUACGCCCGAGGUCUCUUCACAACACAGAACAUGCAGAACGAGCCUGAGAUCGUUGUGCGCGGAUACGACAAGUUCUUCAAUAUCGGUGAGGUGAAUGAGACGCAGUGGGACAACAUCCUGAAGAGGACCAAGGGUCCCUAUGAACUCACGUUAAAGGAGAACGGUUGCAUCAUCUUCAUCUCUGGCUUGGAAGACGGAACGCUCCUCGUCUGCAGCAAGCACUCGACUGGAGACCGUGCUGAUGCCGAUCUAAGCCAUGCCACCGCAGGCGAGCGCCUGCUGGAGAAGCAGCUUGCUACUAUCGGCAAGACAAAGGAGGAUCUGGCUCGGGAGCUGAGGGAUCGCAAUGCCACUGCUGUAGCCGAGCUCUGCGACGACUCUUUUGAGGAGCACAUCCUCGAGUACGGCCCCGACAAGGCUGGUUUGUACAUCCACGGAAUCAAUCUGAACCUCCCAGAGUUCGUGACCUAUCCCAGUGCCGCGGUCCAGAGCUUCGGCGACGCGUGGGGCUUCAAGCAGGUUGGCCUGAUUGUGAUGGAUGAUAUCAACGAGGUCAAGAAGUUCCUUGAGGAGGCGGCAGAGACUGGCGCCCACGGUGGCCGAGAUGUCGAGGGCUUUGUUAUCCGCUGCAAGGAGAGCUACGACCCUGCAAAAGCCCCCUACCGUGAUUGGUUCUUCAAGUACAAGUUCGAGGAGCCUUACCUGAUGUACCGCCAGUGGAGAGAGUGCACAAAGGCCAUGAUCUCUGGCCGCCCACCCAAAUUCAAGAAGCACAUCAAGAUUACCGAGGAAUACCUACUCUACGCCCGCCGCCGCCUCCAGGCAGACCCUAACCUCGGCAAGCUCUACCAGCAGAACCACGGCAUCAUCGCCCUCCGCAACGACUUCCUCGCCUUCAAGAACAUGAAGGGAUCCGACGCAGCUAACCUCGAGCUCGACGAGCCCACGCGGGUCGACAAUGAGGUCACUGGCGAUGUCAUCCUGUGCCCCAUCGCCACCAUCGGCUGCGGCAAGACCACCAUCGCGGUUGCCCUGACACAUCUCUUCCAGUGGGGACACGUCCAGAACGACAACAUCUCGGGCAAGGGUCGGCCUCCUCGCUUCACCAAGGCCGUUCUCGAACAGCUAAAGGACCACCCCGUGGUUGUCGCAGACCGAAACAACGCCCAGAAGCACGAGCGGAAGCAGUUCAUUACAGAUGUAAAGGUACAGCACAAGACGGCCCGUCUGAUCGCUCUCCAUUUCAACCAUGAUGAUUCCAAUGUCGACGAGGUCCGCCGGAUCACCCAGGAGCGCGUCAUCGCUCGCGGCGACAACCACCAGACCAUCCACGCUGCGACCGACGCAGAGAAGUUUCUCGGCGUGAUGGAGGGCUUCAUCAGCCGCUUCGAGCCCCUCUCCGCCUUCUCGCCUCCCGAUAACGGCUUCGACGGAAUUAUCCACCUCGAUCCCACCGCCGGCAGCCGCGUCAACCUCGAAAAGGUCAUCACCGAACUGCACCAGAUGUACCCGAACCUAGUCCCCGAGGUACCCUCCGCCGAGCGUCUCGACCAGGCCGUCCAGUCCGCGUUCAUCGAGUACAAGCCCGAGUUCAAGCACAACAUCCCCGACCGCGGCCCUCGCAAGCAGCCUCAGCAGCAGCAUCAGCUAGGCCAGCAGCCCAAGAAGCAGAAGAAGAAGCCUCUCGAGUACAUGUCCGUCGAGGUUCCCGCCCAGGAGGUCCGUGGCGUUCUCGAUGGCACCUUUAACAAGGCCGACGCCAACGUCUCCCGCUUCUACAAGCAGCUCAUCCAGACGCGCCGGGUGCAGCCAAAGUUCCACGUCACGCUGAUGCACCGCGCCAGCGUCAAGGAGCAUCCCGAGCUUUGGCAGCGGUACACUGGCAUCCAUGCCGAGGCGGAGAAGGAGGCCGGUAGUCAGGAUGUGGCCAACGUUCGUCCGCUAGGCGAGUGCGGCGUCGAGCUUGAGCGGGUGGUUUUCGAUGACCGCGUCAUGGCCAUCGUCGUGCGCCUGGUCGAUGAGACGGAGCAGUGGAAGUGUGUCAACGCCGUCGCGCACAUCACGGUCGGCACGCGCGACGACAACGUCAAGCCCAAGGAGAGCAACGAUCUGCUGGCCCGGUGGUUGGAGAACGGCACGGGCGAGGAUACGGGCAUCAAGGAGGUUGUCUUUGACAACAAACCCAGUCUGCAGGGCACCGUCAGGGGCGUCCUUUCGAGAUAG